GUGGAGAGUACGCUUUUAAAGAAUCGCCAACCUAUUCGAGUCGGAAGACAGAUUUUGGAGGCAUUUAUGUUUUUUUUUCCUCAUUGGGAUUAACGACCCCGCGAAAAGGCGCACAAAGUAGUUGAAUCGAGCCCGACCGCACCGAUGUGCUCCGGUGGCACAGAGAGAGGAUGCUCGACGACACCGCGCCGAUCAGGAAGGAUUAAACGCUUGAAUUAGCGGCUGGUCUGUUUUUGUUUUGUUUUUGUUUUUUUCUUCUUGGAACUAAAGUCGCACCGUCGACGUGUACGUAUUUACCGGAGCUCGUGGGUUUUUGAUUUCCUUUUUUUUUUUUUGUCGGAGUCAAACAGAAGGUGGAAACUCGCUGCUGCCGCUCGUGCGCGUUUUUUUUUUUUUUUUUUGUUUUUUUUUUUGCUCAUUUGACGAAAACCAACAUGGAUCCAAACAAAAGGGAUUAAAAGUGGACCGAUUCAUAGCGAAAAAAGUACACUGUGUAUUUUUUCCCCUAUUUUUUAAAUUUAUUUUUGACCGACAGUUGCCACCACAGAUCGAAAAAAGGAUUUUCACCAACCGCCCCCCCCCCCUCGCCCCUGUCUGGUGAGACUGGUGGACAAAUUUCAACCAUUUUGGUGAAGGAGCUGCACACUGGAGACAUAAACAAAGGAUACGUUUCAACAUGUAUCCGCAAGGCCGACAUCCGGCUCCACAUCAGCCCGGCCAACCUGGCUUCAAAUUCACUGUAGCAGAAUCUUGUGACAGGAUUAAAGACGAGUUUCAGUUCCUGCAAGCACAAUAUCACAGUCUUAAGGUGGAAUAUGACAAGCUGGCCAAUGAGAAGACAGAGAUGCAGCGCCACUAUGUAAUGUAUUACGAGAUGUCUUAUGGGCUGAACAUAGAGAUGCACAAACAGACGGAGAUUGCCAAAAGACUCAACGCAAUUUUAGCUCAAAUUAUGCCUUUCCUGUCACAAGAGCACCAGCAGCAGGUUGCUCAGGCAGUGGAGCGGGCUAAACAGGUGACUAUGACCGAGCUGAAUGCCAUCAUCGGGGUACGUGGACUUCCCAAUCUGCCCCUCACCCAGCAGCAGCUCCAAGCACAGCACCUCUCUCACGCCGCUCACGGGCCUCCUGUCCAGCUGCCCCCCCACCCAUCAGGCCUGCAGCCGCCUGGCAUCCCCCCUGUGACGGGAGCUGGAUCAGGCCUCCUGGCACUGGGUGCUUUAGGAAGCCAAGCUCAUCUCCCAGUAAAGGAUGAGAAGAACCACCAUGAUCUUGAGCACAGAGAGAACGCAAAUAACUCAAUAUCCCCGUCAGAAAGCUUACGCACAGCCAGCGAGAAACACCGCAGCUCCUCCGACUACAGUUUGGACUCUAAGAAACGCAAAGUGGAGGACAAGGACAGCCUGAGCAGAUAUGAUAGCGAUGGUGAGAAAAGUGAUGACCUGGUGGUAGAUGUUUCUAAUGAGGACCCCACCACCCCACGGGCAAGUCCAGCCCACUCACCACCUGAAAAUGGUAUUGAUAAGACACGCCCACCAAAGAAAGACACACCCAACAGUCCUGCAUCAGUGGCGUCCUCUGGAAGUACCCCGUCCUCUAAGGCCAAGGAGCUUAGUCAUAAUGACAAAUCCUCAACGCCUGGCCUGAAGUCCAACACCCCCACUCCUCGCAACGAUGCCCCCACCCCUGGCACUAGCUCUACUCCCGGGCUCAGACCCAUUCUGGGCAAACCACCAGGCAUGGAGGCACUUGCAGCCCCAGCUUUGCGGACCCCUCUGUCCAUCGCUGGCUCCUACCCUACCCCCUUUGCCAUGAUGAGCCAUCAUGAAAUGAAUGGAGGUCUGACCAGUCCUGGUGUAUAUGCUGGCCUGCACAUCUCUCCUCAGAUGAGCGCUGCAGCAGCUGCAGCCUAUGGGCGCUCACCUAUGGGUUUUGAUCCUCACACUCACAUGAGAGCCCCAGGACUUCCAGCAAGCCUGACAUCCAUCUCUGGUGGGAAACCGGCUUACUCAUUCCAUGUCAGUGCCGACGGACAGAUGCAGCCUGUGCCUUUCCCACCUGAUGCCUUGAUUGGUCCUGGUAUUCCACGCCAUGCCCGUCAAAUUAACACAUUGAGCCAUGGUGAAGUAGUGUGCGCUGUUACCAUUAGUAACCCCACACGCCAUGUCUACACUGGUGGCAAAGGCUGUGUUAAAAUCUGGGAUAUCAGCCAACCUGGCAGCAAGAGCCCCGUAUCCCAGCUGGACUGUCUGAACAGGGAUAACUACAUCCGUUCCUGUAAGCUGCUGCCCGAUGGCCGCACAUUGAUUGUCGGGGGUGAGGCCAGCACAUUGACCAUCUGGGAUCUGGCCUCUCAGACACCCCGCAUCAAGGCUGAGCUCACCUCUUCGGCCCCGGCAUGCUACGCCUUGGCUAUCAGCCCCGACGCCAAAGUCUGCUUCUCCUGCUGCAGUGAUGGCAACAUUGCCGUUUGGGACCUUCACAACCAGACUCUUGUUAGGCAGUUCCAGGGCCAUACGGACGGUGCGAGCUGCAUCGACAUUUCCCAUGAUGGUACUAAACUAUGGACGGGUGGUCUGGACAACACUGUUCGCUCCUGGGACCUCAGGGAGGGUCGACAGCUGCAGCAGCACGACUUCACCUCACAGAUUUUCUCCCUGGGCUACUGUCCGACUGGCGAGUGGCUGGCUGUUGGUAUGGAGAGCAGCAACGUGGAGGUGCUCCAUCACUCAAAACCCGACAAAUAUCAGCUCCACCUGCACGAAAGCUGCGUUCUCUCCCUCAAGUUCGCCUACUGUGGUAAAUGGUUUGUAAGCACUGGGAAGGAUAAUCUGUUGAAUGCUUGGAGGACUCCUUAUGGCGCCAGCAUAUUUCAGUCGAAGGAAUCCUCCUCCGUCCUGAGCUGUGACAUCUCCACAGACGACAAGUACAUUGUGACAGGCUCUGGUGACAAGAAGGCCACUGUGUAUGAAGUGAUCUACUAGAACCGACGGAGCGUGCUCAUGCUUGGGCGCAGUGGACUCUUCCCUUAUCUACCUUCCCUCACACAGACAGCAUGGAUGUUGCCUGCAGCCCCGCAGUAGACGUGCAGCAGGUUUGGCAGUGCCAGACUUUGAAAUGGAUUUUGGUGCUGCUCGGCUCUGGAUGCUGUGUCCUCUGCACCUUCCUCAGUCACACGACUAACAGUUGUACAGCAAGUGCAGUUCCCCAAAGGCACUACAGAAGAAAAUAAUGUCUCGCUGUUCUGUGUCUGUCGGAUAUUUUGUUGUUUUUAAUUCGUCCUUUCUAAAGUGGAGGUAAAGUUCCAUGACACAAUUAGAAGCGGCGCUUCACUCUGGAGCUUCUCUUGGAGGUCCUGUGAAAAGUGUACAUAAUGGAGUAAUAAAAGGCCUUUUAUAGAUUUA